AAAGAGACUACUACAAAACCAGCCAGUCAUACGAUCACUCCACCCAUUCGUGUCUUAAAUUUUGUUGUCCGCUGUCCGCACAAUGUUCCAAUCGCUGUUCGCCAUUCUCGCCCUCGUGGCGACCUGUUCCGCCCUCUCGAUCGCCCCCAAGGGUGAAGUAGCGGCUGUUGGAGGAGUCUCUCUCGCCAGGUCAAACAACCCGUUCGGCGUCGUAUCCCCGACUUAUCGCUGCGGAGGUGUCGGUACUCAGCGAUCCCUCAGAAUUUCCGAUUGUGACGGAUUCUGUACCCUUCAACCCGGAAAAGUGUACAAUUGCGAGAACGAUUUUAUGCCAAGUUCUGCCGCCCCUUCGCUGUCCCUCUGGGUCGAGAUCUGUUAUCGAGGCGUGUGUUCCAUCGUCCUCAGAGCAGAGCUUGCCAACUCGUCAGUGCAGCCCGGAUUUGUCUACACGGCCAAAUACGACAUCGUGCCAAAUGAUAUAUUUUCCGGAGAAACGAUUGAAUUCAGGGCGUACAUCUAUCAUACGGAUUCCAUGUUGAUGGAGAUCUGUGUCUCUGCAGAUGUCAAUAUUCUUUAGAAAGAAAUUAAGUUUCAAAGUUUACUAGUAUUUAACGUAAAGGAAAUCGUAUCCAUAAAUAAUAAACGAUGAACUUCUCACCAUUAAAUUUAUCUA